UCUGAAGGUGAUGCCCUUCUUUUCGUGUAGAGAAUUGGGUAAGGCUACUCGCUGGCCUCUUUACAUGCGACGCCAUCUGCUUCGUUGGCAUUGUAGAGUUGGAGGAGUUUAGGAGAAAAUUACAGCCAGUUUUUUAACAGAUCAUUUAUCCCCUUCAAAAUAAGGUUGCAGUACACAUAAAUAUUUCUUGCAUUGAGACUGAUCAUUUGAUCUUACUAAUCGAACGGCUUCCAUUCAAGAAAGAGAGGAUCUAGAUCAUUGCCGUUGAUUUCUAUGUAUUGUUGAACACAAGGAGCUUUCUAAUCAACUUAUGCUUCUGGAGGCAUUUGUAUGCUCAACUAGAAAUGUGAUGAUCGAAUGCACUCAAUUACUCCUUUGUCAGAAUCUAAAGCUAAAAGUUUUGUCUGAUCUAGAUGGCUGAAUGGCUAGCAAUGCAAGCUCAUUGACACUAUAGGGCCUCAUGGCUACAUGAACCUUUCCUUUUCCCUUCUGAAACUUUCUGUUUUACAAUGCUGAUCCCAAGACAGAUGCAUGUGGCAUAGCUCCCCACCCUUGUCUUUAGUCCUCUUCUUCUCUACGACACUUCAAAGAGGCUAAGCUUGUGAGGCACAAAAACAAGUUCAGUGGGCAAAAGAACAUGAUCUAAUGCAAGGUCCAGGCAGGCGGCAUCGUGACAACUUUCUCAUCCUGGUACAGCGCCCCUCCACGACCUACCAGCAUUGGAGAUCAUAAAAGUGUGUUAUCCAGAUAAAAAACAGAACAAAAGUUAAAAGAAAUGAAAAGAAGAUCCUUCGGUGCUGUAAGACGUCCAGAGCCUGCUUGUGUGAGAAUCCUGGAAAGAGAGACACGGCUACUUGUAGGGCAGGCUUUGAAUCAUUUCACGGAGGGGCUAAAGAGCGCAGCAGCUGGACACGGUAGGGAAAGCCAAAGGGGAAAGACAAAGAGAAAGAUCAGCAACAAAGGAGGAGGCGAACCAGGAGAUCAUGGCGCCGGUUGGUCUCCCCCCAGGCUUUAGGUUUCAUCCAACUGAUGAGGAGCUUGUGAACUAUUACCUCAAGAGGAAGGUCCAUGGCCAGAGCAUCGAACUCGACAUCAUCCCAGAGGUAGACCUCUACAAGUGUGAGCCUUGGGAGCUAGCAGAGAAAUCGUUCCUGCCCAGUAGAGACCCUGAGUGGUACUUCUUUGGGCCAAGGGAUAGGAAGUAUCCAAAUGGAUGCCGGACGAACCGAGCAACUCGAGCAGGAUACUGGAAAUCGACCGGCAAAGAUCGAUCCAUCAACUACCAGAAGAGGUCAAUCGGUAUGAAGAAGACAUUAGUCUUCUACCAAGGCCGAGCUCCUCAGGGGAUCAGGAGCAACUGGGUCAUGCAUGAGUACCGCAUCGAGGAAAGCGAAUGCAACAACACCAUGGGGGUUCAGGACUCCUAUGCGCUAUGUCGGGUUUUCAAGAAAAAUGUGCCGGCUGGUGAAUUUGAAAAACAAGGGGAAUGCAGCUCAUCACAGGCUAAAGGAAAUCAAGAACAGGUUACAGACUUUGAGGAUGCUGGAGAGUCCUCAACUGCAAACGAGAAUGACAAAGACAAUUCUUGGAUGCAGUUCAUAGUGGAAGACCUGUGGUGCAGCAACAAAACCAAGUAAUGAACUAGAGAAUGCAGCUUGCUCAACAUGAUCUAACCAGAAAUUCCAGCACUAGUUACACUGUGUAUCUUUGUAUAUGUUUGAUAAAAACACUUCUCACUUUGGACAGUAUGAACACUUAAGUUUGGACUCUGAUUCUUGAUGUAGGCUUAUACUUUUCUUCUUUUGGUAAUGUAAUAUACAAAUGGGCUACUUUGUACUCGAAGUCUUCUUUUACCUGUAUCUACCAUCCAAUGCAAUGAUUUAUAGUGAAAGCACUAAUACAAAA